AUGGCCGUCGAGGCCGUGGACUGGACCGUGGCGCAGACGACGAACAUCGCGGAGCACAAGGGGGCGCAGCGCGUGCGCACGUCCCACGUCGGGGGCCGGGGCAUGGUCUUCACGCCGCUCCACCUGGGAAACUACGACGUGUCCGCCUUGGUGAACCUCACGGGCGGCGUGCGGACGACGGUGUCUCGGACGCUCGUCUCCCGCUACGUGCGCCGGUCCAUCCGGGCCAUGAGCGGCGCGAACCGCGACAAGUUCUUCGCGGCGGCCCACGUCCUGGCGACGACGGACUACUCCGUCGGCUUAGCGCUCUACGGCGACGACUUCAACACGAUCACGAACUUCACGAAGAUCCACCUCAACAACGCGGGCACGCGCAACACGGACCACUUGCACGAUGGGCUGGGCUUCCUGACGCAGCACGCGGCCAUGACCAUGGCCUUCGAGCGGUCCCUCCGGUCCGUCGACGCGGCGAUCUCGGUGCCCUACUGGGACUUCACCUACGACGCGGAGUCCUUUCUAACGGGCUCGAACUUCACGACGAACGACCCGGCGCUGCUGUGGACGCUCGAUGUCUGGGGCGAGGACUGGUUCGGCAACGCGUCCGGCUCGAAGUACCACACGAUCGAGACGGGCCGCUGGGCCUGGCAGAAGGUCGCGGUCGUCGACCACGAGGACCCGGCGAUCCACAACGCCUACGGCCUCCUGCGCGCGCCCUGGAACACGAACAAGUCGCCCUUCCUGACGCGGGCCCACAGCAUGUGCGCCCACGAGACGUUCUCGCUCACGGACUGGCCGAGUUGCGAGGAGCACUACACGCUGGCCUUCGCGUACGCCUCCUGGUACGAGUGGGGCUGGGCCGUCCAGUACUCGCCCCACGGCGCCGUCCACAAGAUGGUCGGCGGCUACGUGAACUGCGGGGAUCUGGUGGAGCGCGCCAAGGGGUUCCUGCCGCCGUCGGCCGUGGGGCAAUUCGCCGAGUCGCUGGUCGAGAUCCCCAAGAACCUGUGGCGCUCCUACCUCGUCGAGUACCCGGACUACUGCUCCGAGGACACGCCCCAGGACCAGUGCCACGUCCAGUGCGACUACUCGGCGGGCAAGAUCGGCAAGGACGAGUGGACGGCCGCGGCCUACGAGGGCGACAACCCCCAGUGGAUCCGCAACCUGAGCCACAAGGAGUGGAACGACUUCUACGAGCUCUACUGCGACACGCCCAUGGCGCCGGGCGAGCAGCUCGAGUCCGCGUCGCCCGCCGACAUCUCGUUCUGGCCCAUCCACCCGACGCUCGAGCGGCUCCUCAUCUACACGCGGCUCGUGCACAAGUUCUCCGACGCCCUCGACUACGUCUACGACAACUUCGAGUGGUCCCACUGCGACGACACGCCCUUCGCCUUCCCGAAGCUCGACGACGCGCAGUCCAUCUCGGAGACGGCGAAGAGCGUCCAGCCCCGCACGCACAAGCCGCGGGCCCGCAAACUCGCGCGCAAACCCGCGGCCCAGCCCUAG